UCUGCGAGCAGUGGAACGCGCUCGGUGAAGGAGGGGCUUCAGAGAGAAGGGCUUCGGGGAGAGAAAAGGCGGGGAGGAGAGGAUGGAGCUGGGGAGGGGCUCGCACGCCAGGGUGCGCGGCUGCCGGGAGCGGCACCAUGGGCAAUGCCCGCGGGCCUCUCGGCUGCCGGCGACCCCACUUGGACCCCUGAUCAGGCCUCCGACCACGGGUGCGGACAGGUGAACAAAAGAAAGAGAGGAGAGAGAGGGGGAGAGAGAGAGAGAGAGAGAUUCAGGGUCAAGACAACACAGGCAGGAUGCGAGGCGGGCGGUGCCUUCUCGCUGCUCAAGAGUGCUGCAGGACAGUGGGUGGGCAGCGAUGAGCUACUCUAGUUGCGAGCUCUUCGCGUCUAUGCGGCUAUCUAUGCUGGUGCGACCACCCGCAGGGACAAGCACGCUUCCUAUAUUGGCCGCCCUCGCAAGACGGGCUCCUUGCCCAACACUGGCCAUGCGAACCAGCAAUCGAGGACAAUCUCGGCCGUUCCAGCCGUGCGAGGAGGCAAAGGACAGGGAGGAGGACGACGACGAUGACGAUGAGGGCGAGGACGAGGGCGAAGAGGACAAGAAGAACGCGGAGGAGGCGGGAGGAGGCGAGGAGGACGAUGACAAGGGGGUGAGGCUGGCCCCCGCGGUCACUUGAGGCCCCUGCUCAUCUUCUUGAAGAGGUCCUGCAGUGGACGCAGCUCUCGCCGCGCCGCGGCCGGGUCCCGGUGCGUCUCCAGCAGCGGGCUGCCGGACACCGCCUCUAUCUGGACGAACGCGGCCACGGCGUCCCGGUCGGGGGCCCCGCCCACGAGGAAGAACUCCU